AUGAUACCCUGUGGCUAUGCCGAAGACAAUAUUCCAGUCUUGGCCCCGUUAACUCACGAUUUUUCCAGCUUCAAUUUCUCCAAAGGCGAGACCAGCUUUGUUGGCAAUUCUAGCAACAUCCGCAUCUCUGGUCUAAACAACUUUAUUGUCCUCAGUGGAUCCUUCAACGUCAACACUCAGAAAGCCAAAUUUGAUAUCCUCUUCCCAGAGAUCCAGAUCUUGGGCUCCUUUGCCGUGGAGGGUGUCAUGAGCAUGCUUGGAUUUGCCUUCCCCGUUCGCGAAGUCAGUUUGCUGAAUGAGAGAUUCCAGCAAUUGCGAUUCGUUGGCGAAUACACCUUCGGUCAGAGUCUUAUCAAUCCCACUGGACUACGCAUUAGCGAUUUCCAUCUGCAAUUCUAUUUGGCUGAUGUGAAAAUCGAUAACUGGGAUAUUUUGUGGAACAUUUCACUCAACGAAUUGUCUAAUACUUGGGCUAGACAGAUAAUUAGCCUUGCAACUAAACUAGUUCAACCUAAUGUAGAUAUGUUGUUAUCCCUCGAUGUGAUUCCUAUUAUCAAUGAUAUGCUCUCCGCUGUGAACCUUGAUCAGCUGUCGCAAUUUUUGGUCAAUUCUGCCAACAGGUGGAACAGUGCCAACUGUCCAGUUCAGGCAUAA